AGUAGUAAUUAGUUAGAGUUUUGUUAUGUGGGAUAAGCUCAUUUUAUGCGAUGGUUAUUAAGGAAGCUGUCGGCUUCAAAAAAGUUACGUAUGUGAGUGGGUAGUACUAGGAAUUUAGAUUACGAACUUGUUUGUGGUGGUGAGUAACACGUAAUGCAUUAUUGUAUUUGUCUACAUGUAUAAAUAAAUUGAGAGCGUAGUAAGUGAGAUAGAACAUUAAUAGAUGAGCGAUAGAAAGAAAAUGGGAAAGGCGAAAGAAGCGGUUGUGGUGGCGGGUGCCCUAGCAUUUGUCUGGCUCGCUAUUGAACUCGCUUUCAAACCCUUCCUUUCUCAGACCCGUGACUCCAUCGACAAAUCCGACCCGACCCGGGAUCCUGACGAUGCUCCUCCUCCUCCUCCUCCUGAAACUGACGCCGGAGAUGCCGACAAAGACGACUGAUGAUUUGAGCGCGGUUGUUACUAUUCCUUUCUUGCAUUCUGUAUUUCGUUAAAUUGUUAAGUGAAAUAACAUUAACUAUGUUCUUUGUUGUGUUUUCUGUUCUGAUCUGAUUUCUGGAAUACUGUAAUUUUAGGAUUAGGAUUGAAUGCCAGGUUGUUCACUUCAUACGUUGGACAAUUGGUUUGUUAAUUUGGUGUUUGUCUCUUUAGCUAUUGCAAAUGCAAUCGUGUUGUGAAAAUAACAAAGCUUCUGCAAUCAUUUUUCA